UCAUUGGUCACAAGUAGUUCUCUGUGAAAAUUGACCUGUUCGUCUUGUGAAAAGUCGAACAAAGAAAGCGAGGAUUGUGUGCAGUUUUCGUGCAAGGAAACUACAUAAUGGACACAGUUAUUGUUUAUGCAAGAGACAUACUAACAGGAUUUUAAUCGUGAGUUUUUUUUGUUCUUUUAAUCAUUGUGCAAAAUCGGUAGUAAACGUGGGAACGUUUGCGUGUUAACAGCACGACGUGAGGAAUGUAAUAUGUGAGCAGAACAAAGCCUCUCUAGGGUUAGUGUAACUAGACGAGGGAUUAUAUUGAUCAAAGUGGUUACGGAUUUGUAUUGACUUAUGAUAAGAAAUCAUUUGAUACCGGCAAAUUUCCGUUUUAAUAAGGAAAUUUGCUUCGUUCAAGCACCGAAUAUUUUACAUAAUCAUGAGUUCAUUUGAACAUCAUGCUACUGUAGACAAAGGUUUAAAAAUGAAAAUAAAGCGUAAGAACUUGGGUUCGGACAAAACUGAAAAAUCUAAAAAGGAACAAAAUAAAUCGGAAACUUUGAAAAGUGAUUCAAAACAACAAGGUGAGAGCUCUCAGAGCACAAAUGGAAUGCUAACAGAUAAAUCUAGUAAAUUAUCUUUGUACAGUGAUAAAGACAAGUCUCCGAAAUCCAAGUCGACAUUAGGAAAAAAGGAUAAAGGAAAGGACUUGGUCAAAGGUGAAACUGCUGGGGCCACAAACAAUUCUAGUGUAAAUGGUGUAGAGAAUCUGUUUAACCAGUCAAGUUCAAUGGAGCCGAAAUUGGGUGAAACGGCUACAGGGAAAAAGGAAUGUAUUCCGGACCCAUACGAGUUUAACGCCAAGGUCGAGGACGGUAUCUCCAUGCCAAUGAAGAAAAUGAAAAUAGAAAAAGAAAAGGUUGAAUCAUCGGGAAACUUGGCCACCUCUGCUGCACCUUCCAGUUCUACGUCACAAGGAUCGCAAGAUGCUGCGACUGAUACUCGCGAUGUUGCCAUAGUAACAGAUCCAGAUUGCCUAGGUCCAUGUGAACCUGGUACGCAGGUGACGUUGGAGGGUAUAGUCUGGCACGAGUCGGAAAAUGGUGUUCUGGUGGUCAAUGUAACAUGGCGUGGGAAGACCUAUGUUGGAACCCUGCUUGAUGCUACAAGGCACGACUGGGCACCACCAAGGUUCAACUGUGAUUCACCGACAAUCGAGUUUGAAUCAAGGACUCCUAAAGGUCGAGGUAAAAGGCGCGGGGCAGCUAAUACCCCAGUUCAGGACACAAGAACAUUGAGAAAAGGUAGAAGAGGCAGUAAUGUACAGACAUUCACUGCACCACCAAGUCCGGCAAAGUCGGAUAUAUCAGUGGGCGGAGUUAAGAGAAAGGGCCGCCCACAAGACAUUGACUUAUCCGCUGCUGAGCAGCGAUGUUCGAAAAGAAGUAGGUCAGGCUCUCAGGCACCUACGCCAAAUAUUGAAACACCCCCAGCAGAUACACAGGGCUAUUUGGAGUGUCCCGAGGCCAACUGCAAUAAAAAAUAUAAAAAUGCUAAUGGACUCCGUUAUCAUCAGUCACAUGCUCACUCUGGGUUUAACUCAAGCAAUUCAGUAGAUGAUAUCAAAGAGGAAAUGGACACUGAAGAUAUACCACUUAGUGUUGUUAAAAACUCUGUAAGAAAAGAGAAAGAGGCUAAGAAGGAAAAUAAUGCAAGCAAGAAGGAAACAAAUAAAGAAAAUGGACAAGUUUCAGAUAAAACAAAGUCUGAUAAAGUGGAAAACGCGGUGAAAAAAGGUGAAAAAGAAGAGAGUAAUGUUGACAAUAAGGAUACAGGAAAUAAAAGUGAUUCUAAAUGUGAUAACUCAAAUAAUAACUCAAAGAAGAAAGAGAACAAUUCAAAUAAUAAAGUACCAGUGACCCAAAGUAAUGGUAAAACUUCUGGUCCACAGAGUAGUAUUUCUAAAUCGAACAGUAGUAGUAAUAUAACGGCUAAUGUUACAGUUUCUAGUCAAGUAACGUCUAACUCAGUGCAAGCUAUACCUAGUCAAACAUCAGCUUUAUCUCCGACAGCAUCCACUAUGACCACAUCAGUCGUUCAGUCUGUGUCUCAGGGCGAGAAAAAUGACUCGAAACUUGUAGAUAUCAAACCGAAAAUAGCGCCCGAUACUCGUGUAACUAAAGCAAAUAGGCCUAUUGUUCCAGCACCAAGUCAUACCGUGCUGUCAAAUGUUCAAGUGACUCAUUCAAACAUGUCACCAGUGAUGUCACAUACGCAGGUGUCACCUCAGUUGAAACCUAUUCAGCCUAAGCCGACGAUUAUGGGAGAACCACAAAACAUCAAUCCAGUUCUUGCCGAUUUGAAUAAAGAUAGAAAAAAGUUACAAAAGAAGAAAAAUAAAGAAGGUUCAGGAAAUGGUAAUAGUCAAAGUAAACCUGAACAGCCUACUAUUAAAAUUGAACGAACUGGCGUUAUAAAAACAAAUCCCAUGCCAAAUAAUAGGCAGCAGUCUGAUCAAGGUAAACGAGAGGGCGGUGGACAUAAAGAUCAUUCGCGACCUGGCAUGGGAGACAUACCUAGAUCUCAUUCUCUAACACCACAUCAGCAUAAAGGUGUUGAUCUCACACAUUCCAGAGGUGGUCAGAACCCCAACCUUCUGAAAGUUGGUUCACCACUUCAAGUGAACACUCCAGAUAAUCAUAAAGGUGCAUUGAACGAUGACGUCCAAAGUCCGGCAUAUUCUGAUAUAUCUGAUGCAAACGAGUCCGCUUCACCAGCAGCUCCUUCUGACACAAGUCCACAGAAACAUAAGGAAGACUCUAGUAAUGCCAACAAGAAAGAGGAAAAGCGAGAGGCAACCCCACCUCAGCAAACAGAGGGUCAGAUGGUACCUCCCUAUGGGAUGUACUCGUACUAUGCCCAUUCUCCAUACAGAAUGAAUGAAAUGUCACCAGGUCAGAAAAGCACUGGCUCAAAUAGUGGAACCCCAGCACAGGGAAGUCAGGCGAAUCAAGACAUGAAUAAAAAUCCUCAAAAUACUGAAAAGAAAAUUCCAGAAAAUCAGCCUAAAGUUGAAAAGAAGCCUGAAGAAAAAGAAGGAAAUGGACCAAGACCGAAAGGCCCCAUGCCUCCAAUGUCUGGUCCCCCUCCUAAUAAUCUUUCAUCACAGCAGUACCAUGAAUACCAGAUGCACCAAAUGUAUUUAUUUCAGUCUUUACCCCAGCAUGUGCAAUAUCAGUACAUGGUAAAUGGCAUGUACCCUAUGGACUCUGGUAAUUACAUGAGGCAAAUGAUGGAAGAUCCCCAGCGUAGGGCACAAGGAGGUGAUCCAUGCAGGCCAGACAGAGAAGGUGGACCGGGACCAGAUAGAGACUUUAACAGGGGACCAGAUGCAAAAGGGUCAUCUAAUGUGGGGCCUAUGUUAAGUAAAAAGGAUGACAAUAGUUUGCAGAAAUCUAUGAUUUCACCUGUACAAAAUCAGAAUGCUGAAAGAAAUGAAAAUAUAAAAAGUGAAGAAAAAGUUUCAGGUAUGAAAUCAGAUCAGUCAUUCAGAGAUAAGCAGAAUGAAACGCAUCAGAUUCUGAAAGAGAAUAUUGACUUGAAGAAUGAAAUGGAUAAGAAUAGGCAUGAUUAUGAAAGGUUCAAAAAGCAGCAGGAUGAGGAGAGAAGAAGGCAUCAAAUGUAUCAAGAACAAAAAAUGAUAGAGGAAAGAAAGAAAAUGGAAUUAGCAAGAAAAAGUGCAGGUAGGCCAGAAAAUUUAACGUCGAAGGCUCCCGGCACUAAACCGAUUAUUGAACAUAACCCAAGGAGUAUGUCGUCGGGUCUCCGUGCUAGUGUGGAAUUACAAAGUGCAAAUAUGAGGGAUAGAGAUAAUAGUGUUAAACGUGAUUCGAACGGUAAUGAAUCUAAGUUGAGAGAGGUUAGGGAUACACAUGUGAGGGAUUUAAGUGCUAAUAAGUAUUCUGAUUCAGGGAAAUCUGUAGAUGAGAAGUCUCGGACACCUAUACCAGACAAACACCGGUCUGAAACUCCGACUAGGAACCCAGAAACGCCUAAACAAAGGCCUGGUGGAAGUAGUUCGAAAUCAGGCAGUCCGAUGACCUCGUCUAGUUCAAGUUUACCAGGUUCUCCGUCAUAUAAUCAGUAUGUGAACACCUAUCCAUAUAUGCAGCAUCCCAAUUAUAUUGGAAUGGACCCAUCUCAUCCAAUGUAUAGAAAUCAUAGUGUUAAUCCAGCGCUUGUAAGUGCAUAUCCGGGCAAUUCAUAUAUUCAUCCCUCACAAAUGGGAUAUAGACCCCCUGGGGACGAUGAAAAAGAAAAAGUAAGUGCUCAAAAGUCAGGUCCUGUUUCAAGUGAAAGUGACCUGAAAAAAGGUGAUAGUGGCCAUGGACCAUAUUAUAGUAAUGUGCAUAAAAUCCAUGAACUGUCAGAAAAAGGGCAGCCCAAGUCUCGGAAUUCUUCUCCGGGACCGGUCAAACCGACAGAUAUUUCUACAAGUACAUAUGAUAAACAUAGGGAUUUUACGAAUUCACCGCCACCUCAGAGACAUGUGCAUACACACCAUCACACUCAUGUGCUGCAGCCAGGCCCGGGCCUUCCAGUUCAGGCAGGGCCUCCUUUACAAGGACCACCAGGGUUCUCCCCAGUUUAUGAUACAUAUAGUGCUUUGUUUGCAAGCCAAGCCCAGUCGCCGCACCCAUUCCCACCCAAGUGAAAGAACAAUACUGUGAAAGACAUUGUGUACUUGUGCAAUGAAAUUGUAUGACAGAGUAACACUGAACAAUGGAAUGUGUUAAUAAUGUCAUGGCUGAGGUUAAAGUGCGUAACCUUGACAUUGUGUUGCUGGCAAGGUCAGUAGAGCAGUGUCAAGGUCAGAAAAAUUGCCGUCAUGGCAACAAGUGGAAAAUAAGUGUUCCCCCAUGGACAAGAGAAUGAAACUCUGCCAUUAAAAUGGGUUGAAAAGUGACCAAAGGUAGUAAUACCUUGGCAUUUUGUUGGAGGAAAUGUGUAUGAUAGUAUCAGUUUCAAUUUGAACGGAAUUUACCGAAGAAAGUGCUUUUGAAAGGAAUUUACAGGAAAAAGUGCUGUCCGGGAAAUAAAAUGAAUGGACCUACCAUAAGUGGUUAUAUGUGUGUGUGUUGUAAACAAGAGAAAAUUACUCUUACAGCAGUCAUGGAAUUACAAGGAAUUACAUUCAGUAAAUGAGUGAUCUGGUGAGGGAAAACUGAAUUGAAUUGGGGGAAACUAAAGUGAAAAAAAUGAAGACGGAUUGUUGUCUGUGUCAGCCAGUUAUUGUCACUGCCUAGGGACAUAAAUUGUGAUAUAUGUUUAAGAUAUUUAAUCUGCGUGUAAAUAUGGCUAUCAUUUUGUUAUAUCAGAUAGUUUUUGUCUGGAGCCUAAAAAAACCCCAAAAAAACAACAUUCUUGUUUGCUCAGCAGUAUUCAAAAACAACAACAACAAUAAUAAUUGAAUGUGACACGGUGAAGUGUGCAAACACAAAAAUAAAUAUCAAAUACAGUUAUCAGUAUUAUGAAUAUUAAAAUUGUGAAAAAAGUGGAGCGAGAAUAAAAGAAAAUGUGUGUAUAUGUGCAAAAAAAAACGUUGAGAAAGCCUGAAACUGUGGAGCAAAAUAAAAAUGGCCUUUGGAAUUUACUAUUUAAAUAAUCAAAGGAUUAUAAAAUUCUGGGAAUAUACAUGUAGUAAACAAUCUGCAAACGAUUUUCAUAUUGAAAGUAGUAGUAUUAAAAUAGUGAGAUGUGACGUGUUUUGAAACUUUGUGUGUUUGUAGAAAUAUAUGAUAAAUACAUUAUAAAUGUCUUAUAUUCACAUAGAUAUUAUGGAUAUAUAUAUAAAUAUAGUUCAAUUUCACAGCAGCAGCUUGGAUGUACAUGUAAUAGGAUUAUGAGUUUACCUUAGCAUUUACAUAAUUAUAUAUGUGUGAUUAUUUUUAACAAAGCCUUAAUUAAGCAUGGCUAAUACAUUAUGACAAAUGUUAUCUGACGAGAAACAAUAAGGAAGAAAAAUAUUUGACCUUCGUAGCAGACACCGUAUUAUAAUUAUAAACACUUCAGAAUUAAAAGAUUUUUAUUGGUCAUAGUUAUCAUUAUCAUCAACUUUUGACUUCUAAUUCAGGAUAAAAAUAAAAUUUUGUAAAAUGAAAAAAA